AAGUCACAAACUAGUAAGGAUUGCAGCUGAUGCUGUACCUGAGCUGCUAGAUCUCAUUAAACUAUUUUUUAUCGGCCUUUUCCAAAACGCUGCAGAGAAGCUUGGUUGGCAGCCUAAAGCUGGCGAGAGCCAUUUAGAUGCCAUGUUGAGAGGAGAGGUUUUGACUGCCCUUGCUGUAUUCGGACAUGAACCCACACUGACUGAAGCAAGUAGACGUUUUCAUGCAUUCUUAGAUGACAGAAAUACACCUCUCCUUCCUCCCGAUAUAAGAAAGGCGGCAUAUGUGGCUGUAAUGCUGACAGCCAAUGCAUCAAAUAGAUCGGAUAAUGAAUCUCUUCUGGGAGUAUAUAGAGAGAGUGAUUUGAGCCAGGAGAAAACACGCAUUUUAGGUUCCUUGGCAUCUUGUCCAGAUCCCACUAUAAUUUUGGAAGUUCUGAACUUUUUGCUUUCUUCUGAGGUCCGUAGCCAAGAUGCUGUUUUUGGACUUGCUGUUGGCAUAGAAGGACGUGAAGUAGCUUGGACGUGGCUGAAGGAUAACUGGGAGCACAUCUCAAAAACCUGGGGUUCUGGAUUUUUGAUUACUCGCUUUGUCAGCGCAAUCGUCUCACCGUUUGCUACAUUUGAGAAGGUCAAGGAUAUAGAGGAGUUCUUUGCGAGCCGUACUAAGCCCUCAAUAGCUAGAACCUUGAAGCAGAGCAUUGAGCGAGUGAACAUUAAUGCAAAGUGGGUUCAGAGCGUUCAGAGCGAGAGAGAUCUCGCCGGCGCUGUGACGGAGUUGGCACAUAGAAACUAUCUCUAGGUCGGAAAAUAAUAUGGAAUCAUAAAUAAGUAAUAAUGAAUGAGUUUCUGGUCUUUGAAUGGACCUGUAAUCAAGUGCUU